AUGGUGAUGGAUAAUGUUAAGAUUCUGUUGCAUGCUAGGGAAAUUUAUACAAUUGAGAUAUACUAUUUGUUUGAAGAACAAUUUUUGAAAGGUGGAUCAUGCUAUCAAGAGUGUGUGAUGUUGGAAGAUGGUGUGUAUAAGUAUCAUGUUUGGAGGCCUAAUGUUGAUAUUAUUAGGCAUGAAGUGAUCUUUAACAGUAGACAAAUGGACAUUGGAUGUAGUUGCAAGUUGUUUACUGAAUUGGGGAUUUUGUGUUGUCAUUGUUUACGCAUUCUAAAUGUGCAUUGUGUUUCUGAAGUCCCUGAGAAGUAUAUUUUGAAGAGGUGGACUAAAAAAGUUGUUGAAGUUGAUAAUUUUGAUAUAAUGUCUAGAGUUGAUAGUGGUAAUGGUGCAUCUUCUGUUUGGUUAUUAGAAAUCAUUAGGAAAUUUCAUAGGCUUGCUGUUUACAGUCAGGAAAAUAUCGAAGGACAGAAGAUUUGUGAAGAAGCAAUUGUAGAUGCAAAGAGAAGACUUGAAGCUGAAUGUGGUGGUAGUUUAUUUGAAGAAUGUGACAUAGGAUCGCCAAGUGGUGUUAUAAAGGAUCCAUCUACUAGGCGAACGAAAGGGUUGCGGAAUAGGAGGGUGAGCAGUGUUAUUUCAAAGAAAUAUAACAAAGCAAGGGGACGGAAGCAUCUUGCAAAUAUGGUUGCUUCCAAAAUAAAAUCUGCUGUUCAGUCUCAAGUUGAGGAUAAUAUUUUAAAUAUUGCGGGUGAUGGAUAUCUUGUCCACCCAAGUUCCGGAGGUUCUAGUUUUUGUCACGUUAACACAAUGUCAAGCAUGGAGGAUAAUUAA